UUUUAUUUGCAAAACAUAACCCAGGACAUGAUUCACGCAAUCAAGAAGUUGGCAAUCUAAUGGGGAAACCAUUAGACUGAACACAGAUAUUGAACAUUCCACCAAAACUGAUGUGUAAGGAUAAUGCUCUAGUCUCCUGAAGGAUGUAAUAAACAAAUCCAGGCGGCAACAGAGGCUUCUUCACCUGGACUUGGUUGGGUGGAGAAAUGAGUACAGGUAUAUGAGAAGUGCAAGGAAGAAGGCGGGAAGGGAGCCAGCCUUCAAGGCGCUCAUAAACGCGGGUGUUGAAGCACAGAGAGGGCAGUUUGGGAGGAACAGAGAAAGAGAAGCCAAAGGGGCAGAACUAAGGGAGGACUUUGUUUAGGGCAAUGGAGUUCUGACCUUGUCAGUCUAGUGGAGGAGCAGGGGUAGAAUGGACGCUUGUCCUACUAAACUACAUCUUCACAUAAUUAGAAGAAUUUGUACUAGGUCUAUUAUAUUGCAGGGGGUGAAAUGGGCAAGGUCGUCGACCUUACGAGGGCGUUUGCCUUGGCAAGAAGUUAGGAUCGAUUCUGAGAAUGCAGGGAAGGGAAGGAUGGUUUGAUUUCGUAAGAUUUUGAGACAGAGGAGAGGAAGUGGAGGAUUGUCUGGCCUUGCAUAAAGUUAAAAUAUCUUUUAGGCUGGGAGUGCUGAGGUGUUUACCAGCUUCAGAAGAGUUGCAAAAAUCUGAAAGCGUGGCUGGAGGAAGUAUAAACAGAAUCAACACGGGAUGCAGGCGUAGGCAACCAACAACCAUCAUCUCGGUAGCCGCGGGCGGUCUGGGACCCCAGGAGGGGCCGUGGCUGCAACUCUGGCUCCGCCUCGCGCAGCUGGGUCAGAGAAGUACUGCCCGCGUGAGCAGGUGGCAGCGCCCCCCGCGGGGAGCCAGGCAGUGGGGGAGAGCAGAGGGCGGGGAACGCGCGUUGGGGGGCGAGGAGCAAGCUGCGCGGCCGGCUGCUGGGAGUGGGGAGGGCGGGCCCCAGCGAGCGGGCCUCCGCGCGGCAUUUGGCACGCACGCGCAGACGGGCCACGGGGCCCGGAGGCACAGAGAAGGGGGAGCCAGAAAGAGGGGGGUGCGGAACGUAUUUCCGCUCUGGCGGACAAAUAAUACCGGCCAAAGGAGAGGCCAGGCUGUCCGGCCCUUUAACCGUGUGGGGGGAGCUGGUGAAGAAAGGGGGGUCGGGAAAGGGGGAAUCCUGCUCCUUUAAUUCCCUCCCCUCUUCCUCCUCCCCGAGUUCUCGACGACGCCGCCGCGCGCGGGGCCUGGAACACACUGCACGAGCCGCCCCCGCCCCUCCCCCCUUACGCCCACGCGGAGCCGGCCCCGCGCGCGCGCCCCGUGCACCCCCGCGCCUGCGCGCUGCCCAGGCCCUGCCCGCGUGUGGGGGCGCAGUCGGCCCCGGGGGGGUGGGGGAAAUAGGGGGGGAAAAAAACAGCGCGCGGAACCCAGCCAGGGUUGCCCACCCCCCGCCACAAUGGCCUCUGGGGUGGAAGUCCUGCGCUUCCAGCUGCCUGGCCACGAGGCCGCUACGCUGAGGAACAUGAACCAGCUCCGCGCAGAGGAGCGGUUCUGCGACGUGACCAUUGUGGCCGACAGCCUCAAGUUCCGCGGCCACAAGGUCAUCCUGGCCGCCUGCUCGCCGUUCCUGCGGGACCAGUUCCUGCUGAAUCCCAGCUCUGAGCUGCAGGUCUCACUGAUGCACAGUGCACGCAUAGUGGCUGACCUGCUCCUGUCUUGCUAUACGGGCGCCCUGGAAUUCGCCGUCAGGGAUAUCGUUAACUACCUGACGGCCGCGUCCUACCUGCAGAUGGAGCACGUGGUGGAGAAAUGCCGGAACGCCCUCAGCCAGUUUAUUGAGCCCAAAAUAGGCCUUAAAGAGGAUGGGGUCAGCGAUGCCAGCCUUGUGAGCAGUGUCAGUGCCACCAAAUCCCUGCUCCCUCCUGCCAGGACCCCAAAGCCAGCCCCCAAACCCCCACCCCCGCCCCCUCUCCCCCCUCCACUCCUGCGGCCUGUGAAGCUGGAGUUCCCUCUGGAUGAGGACCUGGAGCUGAAGGCCGAGGAAGAGGAUGAGGACGAGGACGAGGACGUGUCUGACAUCUGCAUCGUCAAGGUGGAAUCAGCCCUGGAGGUGGCACACCGGCUCAAACCUCCCGGGGGCCUCGGAGGAGGUCUGGGCAUUGGAGGCUCUGUGGGUAGCCACCUUGGGGAACUGGCCCAGAGCAGCGUGCCUCCCAGCACUGUGGCCCCACCGCAGGGUGUGGUGAAAGCCUGCUAUAGUCUGUCUGAGGACGCGGAAGGGGAGGGCCUGCUCUUGAUCCCUGGAGGCCGGGCCAGUGUGGGGGCCACCUCAGGCCUCGUGGAGGCAGCAGCGGUGGCCAUGGCUGCCAGGGGGGCGGGGGGCAGCCUGGGGGCAGGGGGCGGCCGGGGACCCCUGCCCGGAGGCUUUUCCAGCGGAAAUCCCCUGAAGAACAUCAAGUGCACCAAGUGCCCGGAAGUGUUCCAGGGCGUGGAGAAGCUGGUCUUCCACAUGCGGGCGCAGCACUUCAUCUUCAUGUGCCCGCGCUGCGGCAAGCAGUUCAACCACAGCAGCAACCUCAACCGCCACAUGAACGUGCACCGCGGCGUCAAGUCGCACUCGUGUGGCAUCUGCGGCAAGUGCUUCACGCAGAAGUCCACGCUGCACGAUCACCUCAACCUCCACUCGGGAGCGAGGCCCUAUCGCUGCUCCUACUGCGACGUGCGCUUCGCUCACAAGCCGGCCAUUAGGCGGCACCUCAAGGAGCAGCACGGCAAGACCACAGCCGAGAACGUGCUGGAGGCUAGUGUGGCUGAGAUCAAUGUCCUCAUCCGCUAGCGAGGCGGGCGCCGGGGCCCUGGACGAAGUGGGGAGGGGCUCCCUAGUCCAGGAGAAUAGGGGGGUGGGGGGUAGGGGGCAGGCAGGUACGGUGGGAGCCUGAGCAGACACACAGCAAGGGGCCGAAGAUUCCUUGGAGAGAAGACCCUGCCUCUUCAGAAGGAAAGGAUGGAGAGAGGGAGAGUUCUUUGAGAAGGCCAAGGGAAUAGGGGGUCCCAGAGAAAGAGUUUCUUCUCUUGGAGAUGCAUGGAUAUGUGGAGGGAGGGAAAGGGGCUUAUGGAAUGAGGCGGGGGAAAAA